CAGUGUUCCGCCAUAUUUGUUUUCAAAUGUGAGAAUCAGGUGGCAAUAGAAAAUGACGGGAUUUCUUAAGUAUUUCAGCCUCUGUGUUGUUCUGUUUGUAACGCAAGUUUCGGGCAUACAAUUUACCUUUUCAAGGGGUAAAGUUGUGACUGGAAGUAACGGAACAUUGACAAUGAGAUGUGAUGUCACUGAAAACGAUGUUGUCACCAUUUACCUUAUUCAGAUGCGACGAGAAACUACGCCAGGAUCAAAUAUUUUCGAAACAUUAGUGCAAAUGGAAAAAGGAGAUGCAGCGUCUGAAACUCCUACAUUAAGCGAAACAAUUAACAACAACAAAGAUUUCGUAGCUGGAGGCUCUUUUGACGAGACUACACCCAGUAACACAUACCUGUUAGUGAGCAUGAAUAUAAGUAAGUUGGUGUGCAACGAUGCCAGGGCUUACAUGUGUGACUUGAUAUAUAAAAGAACUACCGGUAGUGUACUUUCAGUGGAAAAGAAUGGUACUUUUUCAGCCUAUGCGUACCCUCAUAUGACACAAUUAGAAGGGAAGAGAAAUGGUUUUAUAGUACAGGGAUCGUCAUCUUCAGAUCAAGCAGCAUUUGAUGUUGGUGACGAAUUGGAACUUACUUGCACCGCUAAUAUUGGAAGUUUACCAGCAACCACAAUCAGAUGGCGAAAGACUUCUGAAAAGGGAACAAUGGAUGACUUUAUUGAGUAUCAUCCACCAGCAGGAACAUUUGAUCAGGGCACUGCAAUAAGUGACAAUCAGUGUAGUUAUACCCGAAUAGCAAGUAUUACAUACAACACCACAGCCGCUGAUGCAAACAGGGAUAACAACCUAGCAUUUGAGUGCUAUGUUUCUGUUAGUGGAAAUCCUUACGGAACAACAUAUACAACACAAAACAAUCCUCGAUUUUAUGCUGACAUCAGUGGCGAUGCCCAGGCAAACAGAGAUUACAGUCUGAAGGGAGCUAUACAAGUGGUAUGCACUAACUAUCACUGGUAUAUUACCGUGGACAUGAACAAAAUACGGCACGUUUACCCAACAGCAAAGGCAUCUGAUAUAUACCUUGGGGAGAAUAAAUGUAAAGGUGUGGAAAAUGGUGACAUUCUGAUAUUUCAACAAGACCUUUCCGAAUGCUUAACUAGUGAACUGCUUGUCGACGGAAUUGAAGUGUACAACAACGAACUAAUUUAUGCGGAACACGAUCCUGUAUACCUGUUUAUAGUGUUGCACUAUAACUGGACAGUUGGAGUAGAAUGUGACAUAGGACAAAACGGAACUGCUAUAGGUGGAUUUCCUAGUAAUGCGACCAGUACAAUAGCUCAUAAUGUCAGUAGUCCCCAAUACCCCGUCAGCGUGUCCUUUUACAAAGAUCAGGACUUCAUCCACGAAAUAGGUAAAGGAAAUCCUUUGCAUGCUGAGAUAGGCUCGCACGUCUACGUCAAGGUGUUUACCACAGCCACUGACUGGAACAUCAGGAUGCGGGUUCACACGUGUUACACAAAACCGACUGAGCACGCACAUGACCAUAUGAAGUACUUCCUAAUAAAGGAUGGGUGUGAAGUUAACACGAACACGCAUAUAAUUUCCCAAUCUACGCAUGCGACUAGAUUUGUGUUCGACAGUUUCGAGUACUCAAAUAGCCACGAAGGAAUCUAUAUGUUUUGUGACGCCCUAUUCUGUGACUCCUCCGACUGGUCGGCACAGUGUCGUCAAACGUGCAACCCAGUAACAUAAGGGAAUCUUGCAACCUGAAAAUAGAAAACUGAUGGUUACGAAAACAUUUCAUAAUGUAACUGAUUUUAGUUUACUGAUUAUGUGUAUUUAUUUCAAUGUAAAAUUUCUUAUCAUGAUAAUAUUAUUAUGUAGCAGUUAAAGUAGUUCUUUUUAUUCAGACGGAAUGUUAUAAUAGCUAUUCAACAUGUUAAGGAAAUGAAAGCUGGUGAAAAGACUUGUGUACAUGCAUUGGAGCGAUUUACAUCACAAAAUCAUUUUGUCUUCCUUUCUGAUGGAGAUUUUACAUUUUGGUAAAUAUAUAUUUUAGAGAUAACUUAUGAAUUGAAACAUUCAAACCUCAAGUUUAUCGGAUUUACAAAUUAUUCAACAAUUCUAUUGUUCACAAUUCAGAUUCAUUUUCUUUAAUAUGCUUGUAAAUUUACAAUGAAAACAUGCCUUAAUCAAUAACAUUGUUAUUAAAAUGCAAAUGAUAGGAUUCUAGAAAUAUCUAAAGUGUAUGUAGAUUUGUCUAAAAGGAAAUGUGUAUUCGCUGUUGAUCUACAACCUCGUGUAAAAUUCACUUCUACUUCAUUGUGUCAUUAAAACAGAUGUAAGUAA